GACUACGAAAUGAAUUGGUUUGACUACGAAAUGGGCUUUGGUAUAUAAAAAUUUUUGUAGAAAAAAUAUCAUUUUGGUUGUUAUUUGGUUUGUGAAAUACUCUCUAUCUCUACAAUUUGCUCAAAAAAUGAUUGAAUAUUUGGUUUGUCUUGUAACUGGUGGGAGAUGGCAAGUUAAUGGAACUAAUCUGGAAUACAUAUGUCCACAGGGAGGUAUUUCUGAAUUUGCUUUGAUAUUUUCUGAGUAUAUUAGUUAUAGUGAUUUUGUAUCUAUGGUAAGAAGCAAAAUUGGUUUGUUAGACAAAUAUAGAAUUAGUCUUCGUUUCCACCAUCCUGAAUUAAAUUAUUAUAUAGCUAUAGUUGAAGACGUGGAUGUUAGAAUGUUGAUAAACGUAAUCAAAUGUAGUGGAGGAAGGGCUGUGAAAGUGUUUGUGGUGGUUGAUGAAGUUGAGGAGGUUAAUGGGGGCGGUGAAAUUGGAAACGAAGUUGUUGGUAAUUUAUGCAGUUUUAAAGGGAGCAACGAUCCGAUAGAUAUAACCGAGCUACAAAGUAAUUCCGAUAGAGAUGAGUUGGGUGAUGAAGUUAAAGCUAAGUAUCCCGAUAACCUUUUUUACGGUAUGCCCCCUGUACCAGCAUGACCAGUUGAUAAUAAUGAAGAUAUCCCAACACAGAUGGUAGACAUUAAUCUUCAAAAGAUUCAAUGUGAGAGUAUAUUUAAAAACAAAGAACUUUUAAAGCGGUGUAUUGGUAAAAAAUGUCUUCGAGAAGGUUUCCAGACGAGGACAAGUAGAUCCACCAAAUCAAGGUAUGAAGCUGUGUGUGUUUCGAAAAAUUGUUCUUGGUUACUAAGAGCAAAAGCAAUUAAAAAUACUGAUGGACUUUUCCAAGUGAAUAAAUUUGUUGA